AUGAUCAUCUUGUCAUUCAUUAUUUCUUUUGUUUAUAUAACUUCAAAUACCCAAGAAGAUUAGGGUGAACCAAAGGAAGCUGCCUCAUUAAGGUAGUGCUUGAAGGAAUUUUUGAUAAAAUUCUCAAAAAACUGGCUUCAUUUCAUAUUGAUAAUGUACAAGUCACGCAAAUCAAAAUUGACAAUAUUUGUUGAAAUCAUUAUACACUAUGGACUAUUUCUUAUAGCUAGUGGAUGUUAAAAAUAUAUAACAGUGUUUGGAACACUAUUUCUACUUGAACUAUCAUCUGUUUUUCUUUUCAGCUUCAUAGAAGGGUUCCUUCUACAAUCAGCUUAUUACUAUCAAGACUUAAUUUUGAUACUUUUAUUCUAUAGUUUUGAUGCAGUAUUUUUCUUUAAUGCAAUACCAUCAUUGGUCAUAAAUUGGAUUUUAUUCGGAGUAUUUCAUAUUAUAGCUUUUGUACUGAGCUUAAAAUAAUUUUAAAAGGAAAAGAAAAUAGUGGAGAAACCUCUCUAAUUUGAGGCAAAAAAAAUAAUCAAUAUUGGAAAAUAUAGAGGUAAAAACUGCAUACUAGCAGAAACCAUUUAACCUAAGGAAGUUUAAUUAAUUUAAUUAGACACAAUGAAGGUAAUCGGAUAUGCACCUUUAUAAUAAAAAGCCUCGUUAAAAUCAUUUCUCCCUCAAACUUAAUUGAUAAUAAUUUAAGAAAAUGAAAAGCUUGACAUUUUCUGCUUACGUACAUUUAAAAUGAUUAAAUAAUUUGACAUGAAUAAUCUUAACAUAAAAACUGCAGAAACUGUUAGAAUACACAAGAUAGAUUAAUCUAUUCAUCAUCAUCAUAAUAAUAAUUUACAGUAAAUUGAAAAAUCUCCUAAUCAAGAGUAAACGAGUAAAUUCACUGAAAAUAAUGAAUUUUAAGACAUUCCAAACUUUAUGACAGUAAAUAAUAAUAAAUCAAAUGACGAAGAAAUCAUUUUAAAGAAAAAAUCUGAUUAAAAUUCUGAUUUAGAGAGUUAAAAAAAGAAAACUAAUUAAAAAUUAUACAUAGUUCAUGAUUCAAAGCCAUUAAUAGCAGAAAUAUCAAUGGUAAAUAAUGAAACUAGCAUAAGAGUUAUUAAUUUUCUUACAAAUUUUGAAGAACGCUAGCUUUAAUUAACUAUGCCUAUCGUUCAACCUGAGCAACUUAUUUAAUUCGUAAGAAUAGAUGGUACUGAUAAAAUUUUCUUUAAAUCUCCGUAAAAUUCAUUCUGUUUGAUAGAUAUAAAUAAAAAUUUAUCAGACAUAGUGAAAUAGUACGCUUAGUCUGAGAUAAUAUGCAAUAUCAUUAAUGAAAGAGAUAUAGCUCUUACAGAAAAUGAUAAUCUUUAUUUAUAUGAUAUUCCUGCUAAUUUAUUUACUAAAAAAAUUACCAAAUUCCAUAUGGGAUCCUAUGUCAUUCCAAUUCAAAACGCUCCGGGAUUCUAUUUAAUCUUACCCUCUGAAGAUCACGCUCAUAGAAUCCAUCCAGAUAUUGCUCAACUGAUUAACGAGCAACUCUUUUCAUUUAGAAUUAUUUCUAACAAAAUUUUAAAGACUUUGAAAGUAUAAGCAGCUAUUUAUGAUGUAGAUAGUAAAAAGCUAAACAUUUUUACAGACAGUUAAGUGAUUGUAGAAAGUAAUAUCAAUUUACAGUAAGCAGAACAACCUCUAGUUAGCGAUCAUGUUGUGUUAGAUAUAUCAAUCUACCAGUAAGCUCAUUAAGAAUAAAUUUAAUGA